AUGGUAGAGCAUGGUGGACCUCCCAUAAUGGUAGAGUAUGUAGGACCUCCCAUAAAGGUAGAGUAUGGUGGACCUCCCAUAAUGGUAGAGUAUGGUGGACCUCCCAUAAUGGUAGAGUAUGGUGGACCUCCCAUAAUGGUAGAGUAUGGUGGACCUCCCAUAAUGGUAGAGUGUGGAGGAACUCCCAUAAUGGUAGUGUGUGGAGGAACUCCCAUAAUGGUAGAGUGUGGAGGAACUCCCAUAAUGGUAAAGUAUGGUGGACCUCCCAUAAUGGUAGAGUGUGGAGGAACUCCCAUAAUGGUAGAGUGUGGAGGAACUCCCAUAAUGGUAGAGUGUGGAGGAACUCCCAUAAUGGUAGAGUGUGGAGGAACUCCCAUAAUGGUUGUGUAUGGAGGACCUUCCAUAAUGGUAGAGUGUGGAGGAACUCCCAUAAUGGUAGAGUAUGGAGGACCUUCCAUAAUGGUAGAGUGUGGAGGAACUCCCAUAAUGGUAGAGUAUGGGGGACCUCCCAUAAUGGUGGAGUAUGGAGGACCUCCCAUAAUGGUAGAAUGUGGAGGAACUCCCAUAAUGGUUGUGUAUGGUGGACCUCCCAUAAUGGUGGAGUAUGGUGGAUCUCCCAUAAUGGUAGAAUAUGGUGGACCUCCCAUAAUGGUAGAGUAUGGGGGGCCUCCCAUAAUGGUGGAGUAUGGAGGACCUCCCAUAGUGGUAGAAUAUGGUGGACCUCCCAUAAUGGUAGAGUAUGGGGGACCUCCCAUAAUGGUGGAGUAUGGUGGAUCUCCCAUAAUGGUAGAAUGUGGAGGAACUCCCAUAAUGGUUGUGUAUGGUGGACUUCCCAUAAUGGUUGUGUAUGGUGGACCUCCCAUAAUGUUUGUGUAUGGUGGACCUCCCAUAAUGGUUGUGUAUGGAGGACCUCCCAUAAUGGUUGUGUAUGGUGGACCUCCCAUAAUGGUUGUGUAUGGUGGACCUCCCAUAAUGGUUGUGUGGUGUGGACCUCCCAUAAUGGUUGUGUAUGGUGACCUCCCAUAA